AUGAAUGCCGAAGCGCUCGCAGUGCGUACAGAGUCCCCAGGGCCUGUUCAUGAAGCCCUCAACAACGCACCUUCAGGGAUCGACGUGGCUGAGUGCGUCAAGUUAUCUUUUCGGGGCGGAGGCGUGCAGAUAUUCCACGAGAGGCUGAAAGGUGCUAUAACGCAGAGAAAAUGGUUGCUGCAAAAUGCUCCCCCGGUUCCUAAAAGUGGAAGAAGCACAGACUCAACUGCAGCGGCCGCUUCAUCCGAUGCAACUAAUGGGAAUCGAACCAAGACCGCAGGCAUCGCCGGUCUAGAGCAGUUGGGUCUCAACAUGCAUAAGAACAAUGAAAUGUUGAUUGGCAGUGCAUUUGAAGAUCUUGAAGCGUUAAUGUCGUCAGCAAAGGAAGUCAUCGCUCUCGCGGAACGGUAUGCUCGCCAAACGAAUGGUGCCGCUGGCGGUGCCUCGGCCGAAGAGAAUGCAAUCCUGGCAGAGUCCGCGAGCCAGCUAGGCCUAGUUACGACCAAGGACAUUGUCGCCGGCGGAAGUUCCGAGUCUCUGUAUAUAUCCGAACUGUCUCGAAAUAUUGCCGAGUUCCUGGCCGAUGACUCGAGGGGUGUCUUGAAACGAGCCGGAGGGAUUAUCACGCUCGUCGAUCUGUGGGCCAUGUUCAACAGGGCAAGAGGCGGUGUCGAGCUCGUCAGCCCCAUGGACUUUGAGAAGGCCGCGCGUUUGUGGGAGAGUCUAAGGCUCCCGGUUCGGCUGCGAACCUUUCGCAGCGGCGUCAUGGUCGUUCAGAGCCACGAUCGAACCGAUGACACGACCAUCAAGUCCCUGCUCUCCUGGCUGCAAGAUUUACACGAGUUCCCCCCGGAACGGGAAGUCACUUGGGAUUGGAGGGAAUUCGGGCGUGGGGUCACGGCCUUGGAAGCUGCGGAACGAUUCGGUUGGAGCAUUGGUGUUGCCGAGGACGAGUUGCUCAUGGCAGAGGAGCACGGCGCUUUAUGCAGAGAGGAAGGACUGGAGGGGUUGAAGUUCUGGAAGAAUUACAUAGACACCGGUGACAUUCCUCCUCCAAAGGGCAAGGCCAAGCUCGAAGAAGAGGCCGUCUUGAAGGCAUUGAGGGAUAGUGGAUUCAUAUAG